CACCAGGAGGGAAGGUGGGGCUGUGCCAGGCAGGGAGUGGGCAUUGUUCUCAGGUUCCUGUGACAGCCCCAGGUCAAAACAGCUGCCAGGCUUACCUGCACCUCCCGUUCCUGGCCUCGGCCUCCAGGCAGCUGGCCUGGCCUGUCCUCAGAGGAGCCAUGGAGCCCACAGGAAAAUCGAAGUGCUGCUCGCUUCGACCUCUGACCUUUUUUCUGAUCACCGUCCUCCUGGUCUUCUUUGGCAUGGGGGUCCUGAGCCCAAGAAUCACGAUGCUGGAGACCAGACCAGAAGGAGAAGGCGAGGCCGCUAGAAAACCAACGGAGAUGCAAGUUGUGAAAUUACCGAGGAUGCUUUAUCCGCAGCCCACGGUGAUGACGCCCUCGAGGAAAGACGUCCUGGUCCUGACCCCGUGGCUGGCGCCCAUCGUCUGGGAGGGGACCUUCAACAUUGACAUCCUGAACGAGCAGUUCCGGCUCCAGAACGUCACGGUCGGGCUCACCGUGUUUGCCAUCAAGAAGUACGUGGUCUUCCUGAAGCUCUUCCUGGAGACGGCCGAGCAGCACUUCAUGGUGGGGCACAGGGUCCACUACUACGUCUUCACCGACCGGCCGGCCGACGUGCCCAGCGUGGCGCUGGGGGAGGGCCGCCGCCUGGUGGUGCUCGAGGUCCCGGGCGCCGCGCGCUGGCAGGACAUUUCCAUGAGCCGCAUGCAGAUGAUCAGCGACUUCUGUGAGCGGCGCUGCGGCGCCAACUGUUGGGUCCGAGCCCCUCUGCCCAGGACGGACCUCUCUGGACCCCAGGUCUUAGACGGAGAGGACGUGAGACGUCGUGGGGAUACAAGUCUUCACUGUAGCCGCAGUAGCCACGGCUAA